AUGGUGCUGUACAGACGGAUAUUGUACUACCUGGAGUAUGUCUACGUGCAGGUCAAAAAGGCCGUUGACAACAAGCGAUUGAAGCCAACUGAGACUGCCAAACGAAGACUGAUCGACUGCAAUGCCCUUUAUCACCGAUGCUACAUUCGACUGUGUCAGUUAGCUCGACAGUCACGUCGGGAUGACCUAAUUGAGCCGGUCGGACGACUCCUGUCCAGAAUAACUGCCAACCGUCUCAUAUUCAACCAUGCCCUUGAUCAGGUAAGUGCUCUACGUUUAAAGGGUUUAACAUUGAGUAACACUUUGGGUUCGGGUAGGACCAACAUACCUUGUUUUGGGCUGGCGAUCGUACCAAGGGCAUUUCUGUACGACACCAUGCCUGCGUAA